GACUUUUAUAUCGCCAAUAAUAUCGCGGUCCGUUAAAAAUGGCCGAACACAGGACGGCUCACAUUCACACAAAAAAUAAAGGUGUUAACCUACAUUUAGAAUUAUAGUCUUUGCACCAACCUCGCCAUUGUAAUUAUUUCUUGUUUAUGAAACUACGUGGCUUCAACAUGAAGAUAAAUGCUACAAGAAUGACGACUCCGAUUGAGGAAAAGCUAGACCAAAAGCUGAAGGUACGCACAGGAAUGGUUACAGUUAGUGACGGAAAAAGUAGACCAAUUCCUGUGCAAUUGCACCUAUCGAUGGAGGUAUUGCGACUACAGAAAGAAGAAAUUGUCCCACCAGAUCCAAAACCCAUAAACGGCAAGGAGAGAAUGGUGCAAAUUAGACGACACAAAGUUGGGGGUCUUGGGUUAAGUAUUAAAGGUGGAGCUGAGCAUAAACUUCCCAUAUUAAUUUCCAGAAUAUAUAAAAAUCAGGCAGCCCACUUAACUAAAGAAUUAUUUGUAGGAGAUGCUAUCAUUAAAGUUAAUGGCGAGUAUAUUACCGCAUGUCCACAUGACGAUGCCGUCAACAUUUUACGGAACGCUGGUGACUUGGUCGUCCUAACUGUGAAGCAUUAUCCGGCAGCAACUCCGUUUUUGCAAAAACAGGAGGAGAAGGAAAAUCAGCAAGCGGACAGCAAUAGCGAUGAGAAAGAUGCGUCAGAGGAAAGCCUUCGUUUGAUAACGAACAGUUCGAGCAGCAGACCAAGUUCUAUUUGUUCAGAGUUUGACCAAGAACCCGUCACACGAUGGGUUGAUAUUGUUACUUUGCCUUUAAUGAUGGCGUACGUAACUAGGUAUAUUUUUGGGACCGAUAAGUUGAGACCAAAUGCUUUUGAAGUAAGAGGUCUUAACGGACUGAGCACCGGAAUUAUUCACUGCGACGAUUCAGCUGUACUUUCACAAUGGCUGAAAUAUAUUUCUGACAAUAUUAUUGGACUUACUCACUUACAAAUGAAACUUUACAACAGAAAUUUUAGUGUAUCAGAUCGAAUUGAGUACAUGGGUUGGGUAAACGAAGGAGUUAUCAACAAUAAUCAGCCUUGGCAGAAUUAUAAACCGAGGUUUUUAGCGCUUAAGGGAGCUGAUUUGAUGUUGUUUGAUUCUCCUCCAGUAAGUACAAUUGUUUUAAUUGCUUCAUUAAAAUCGUACGUAUUCCUUCAGUUAAACGUAAUGGAUUGGGAUAAAUGUCCUUUAAUAUUCAAAGUGUAUCAAACAAUGUUUCGAGUAGUAAAAGAAUCGGAAAAUGUGGAUGAAAGACAACACUGUUUUUUGGUACAAACUUCGGGGCAAGAGUCGAGAUAUUUAUCUGUCGAAACUCGCCAAGAAUUAUUACGAAUUGAAAAUGCUUGGCAUUGUUCUGUAUGUACCGCAGUGAUGAAAUUGGGGAGCAAAACUUUUACGGUCAGUUACGGUGGCAAAACUGUAGGAUUAACUUUAGACUGGAAUUUAGGAUUUUCUUUGCACGAAGCCGAAUCGAAAAUACCCGUUUGGCAGUACAAAUUUUCCCAGCUUCGCGGUUCUUCGGAUGAUGGAAAAUCGAAACUUAAGCUUCAUUUCCAGGAUAUUGAAACGAGGGCGAUCGAAACUAAGGAGUUAGAAUGUUCAAUUUUGCAAAGUCUAUUAUUUUGUAUGCAUGCGUUUUUGACGGCUAAGGUGGCCUCGGUUGAUCCAACUUUUUUAUGUUCAACGAUGCCGUAAAGCUGCGAAAAGGAUGCAUAGGUAUUUAUUACUAUACAUUCCUUUUUUGAAACGAUUCGAUCUGUUGAUAUGCAGUAGAAAUGUGAUAGACUGUAUCAAUUGUAGGCAGAUUUUCGAAAGAUAAGGUACCUUUUUUCUGCGAUUAGCUCCAUAAGUGUUACCUUCCUCUUUUCCAAUAAAAAUGCCUGUACCUACAAUAAUUGUCGGCAUUACAUGUAAAUCAAUAAUUCGUUUAAACCAAUUAACUUACUUGUGCUCAUGACAUUUCACAGUUCGCUGCAACUGAAUUUUUUAUAAUUUUGCGUCAGUUCGUUUAGGCUAAUUUGAAAUAAACUGCAAAUACAAAAUGCAACAAAAUUAGUUAAUACAAAUAAAUGAAUAGUCAAUAUCUAAGAUAAUAUUACUGUUGUAAAGUAAUUAGUAGAAAAUUGAUUUAUGGGCAUGUUAUCACUCAGGACAAAGAAAAUUUGGACGGUUGUUAGAAUCUUUAUAUUGUUUAUGUCGUUCUUUUUUAAAUUAUGUGAGGGGUAUUCAACCGUCAAACUUGAACCUUCAUAGUAAGUACCAACUAAUUUUGAACUUUUUAAUAAAAAAUGGAGGUUGAACUUUUUUGUCGGUUGAGAACUCCUGACGAGAAAAUGAGCUCCUAUGAGUUUGAAAGUUUUUUUUUCAAACAUUUAGUCAAUUUUGUAAACAAAUAUCGGGGAAUUAUAUUUAGAGAUUGUUAUACAGCUGUAAUACUAAAUAUUGCCUUGUUAUUUAAUGAUGUAGGUAUAUUGUGACAGAGAACCUUUCUUCCUUAUGUUUUAGGUUUUAUGUUACUUGGAUGACCGAACAAUAACGUAUUGGUCUAAAGCACAAAACCACUGUGUACGUUUUCACGAUGUGUUCGCUGUUAAAUAUUUGUUAAAAAAACACAGUUGCAGUUUAUAGUGUUACAAUCUUCAUGCAAUAAAAAAUACAUAAUGAUGUCAGA